GGGAGACGGCAUGGCUAAGAGCAUCAGAUCAAAAUGGAAGAGAAAGAUGAGGGCGAUAAAACGUCUAAGAUACGCUGUAGUGGAGAAGAAACGAUUGGAAAAGACACUAGGAAUAGGCGAGAGUGUAGAAAUGAAAGAAGAGACGACGGACACACUCAAUACAACAGAAAAUGCCCAGAUGGACAAGCAGGAAACUCCAGCAGGUGAUGGAGAUGUUCGUAUGGAGACCAAUCAAGUUGUGAGAAAACAAUUUGGAAGUUUAUCCCGAAAGAAACUCAAACAGAGAAAAACUCUCAAACGUCUUCGUCUCAAGAAAGGACAAUUCAAAUGGACUCCUCAAAAACACUAA